AGUGACUCAAAACUUGAAUUCAAACAGAAAACUAACAUUUUCUUUUGACUCAUUUUUUUUUUGAGUUUUUAACCCCACAUCUGCAUUUUAUCUACGAAAAUGCCAUUAACCCUUUUUUUUUUUUUUUUCGAAAAUGGCUUCUUUACUGUCUCAACCUCAUUUUCUUCAAGUAUUUACAAUAUUGCCACUGCCAUGAAUAGUGGGAACAACCUUGUACGAACUGUUUGGAGCUUUUAAUGCCCUUUAAUGCACGUAAAUCUCUUUACACUCUCUCUGUUUCAAUUGUUAUGAACUAAAAACAACAUUUCUUUCACUUUCUCUCCAUAUUCAUCCAAAAAACUGAAGCUUUUGAUUCAAAAUUGUUUGGAGCCAUAUUUCUUUCGUUUUGACUUACGGUUGCUUUCGUUUGAGGUUCUGGGUGGUUGGAGAAGACCCUGUGUGCAAACAAAGUCAUCUCACCUAGUUUAAGAUGAUUUUUAAGUUACAUGCAGUGUAUGGAGAAUGGUUGUUGAGAGAUUUCCGUUGGGAUUUUGUGGUUGAUGAUCUCAAAGGAGCAAGAUUGUUUUUAUUGAAUGAAGAUUCAACACAUGCUGAACUUGUUGCAAUGGCUCAAGAAGAUUAUAACCUGGACAUGAGAUCAGUGACUGUGGAGAUUAGCUACUCAUUACCAGCAGAAAUGAUGAUGACUCCAGGCAGUCCUCCCAUUCAUGUUACAAGUGAUAGACAAGUUCGAAACUUGCUCGAGAUACUCAAAACGCAUAGAGUAUGUCUUUGUGUAUCAAGCCGCAGCAAGGUGGAAACGGUUUCAGAGAAAAGAGAAGAAGCUGGUGAAUGGGAAGAAGAUGUUGGUGAUAAUGAUGAAGCUGGUGAAUGGGAAGAAGAUGUUGGUGAUAAUGAUGAGGCUGAUGAAUGUUUUGAAGAUGUUGGUGAUAAUGAGUCUGUUGAAGAUGAAAAUCAAGAUGGGGAGGAGGAAAAUGGGGAGGAGGAAAAUGGGGAGGAGGAUGCUGAUAACACUAUUGUUGGUGAAACGGAUCAGAAUGGUGGGGAUUACAGUCUUUAUGGAAAGGUUCUAGAUGAGGACGAGGAAGAUGAUGAUAAUAUUUGUUUUGAAGAAAUUGAAAAGACAUAUGCUAAGACAAAUGCUAUUGAAGGAGGAAAAUCGGAUUGUACCAGCAUCUAUGUCAACCAGAGUUUUGUUAGCAAGGAUGCACUGCUUUCAGAGCUGCGGUUGACAGCAGUGAGGGGUAGGUUUUCUUUCAGAAUAUACAAAUCAACAAAAACUCUCCUUGUGGCAAUAUGUCGGGUUAGCGGUUGUGGAUGGAAGAUCAGAGCGAGUGUGAAACAUGGGACAAACACGUUUUGGGUAACAAAGUAUGUGGAAAAACAUUUAUGCUCAAUUGGAGACCGAAUCGCUCAGCGGAGACACUGUACUCCAAAGUAUGUUGGUAGUCUUUUCAUUGAUCGUGUUGGGAUCAUUGAUGGGAUAACUCCACAGCAUAUCACUGAUGCAAUGAAGAACAUGUUUGGCAUGACGCUUGAUUACACCACUUCAUACAGAGCACUGUUAUAUGCACAGAAAUUGGUGAGAGGAUCAGCAGAAGAAGGGUAUUCGCGUCUGCCUUCAUAUCUCGAGCAAAUCUCCAUUGCAAAUCCUGAUUCUAUCACGGCUAUAGAACUUGAUUCUGAGAAAAGAUUUAAGUAUCUAUUUCUCUCUUUUGGAGCUUCUAUCAAAGGUUUUAAGUAUCAGAGAAGGGUCAUUGUGGUGGAUGGAACUCACCUAAGUGGAAAGUAUGGAGGUGUUAUGUUAGUUGCAGCCGCACAAGAUGGCAAUUUUCAGAUAUUCCCAUUGGCUUUUGGGAUCGUGGAUGCUGAAGAUGAACCUUCUUGGGAAUGGUUUUUCACAAAAUUGGCUAGUUGUAUAUCUCAUGACAAGCCUCUGGUGAUAGUCUCUGACCGGCACGCGGCCAUUAAAAGUGCGUGUGAGAAGGUGUUUCCUUGGGCAACCCGAGGAAUAUGUUAUUAUCACCUUCAAGAUAACAUUGUCAAAAAGUUUAAAGGGAAACAUCUCAUGUACUUGGUGAAAGGGGCUGCUUAUGCGCACACGGUUCACGAUUUUAACCGGUACAUGGCUGAGAUACGGAGUGCAAACCCGGAACUUGCAACGUAUUUGGAGAAGGCCGACGCCAAGCUAUGGUCAAGGGUUUAUUGUAAGGGGAACAGGUUCAACAUAAAAACAAGCAACAUCGCUGAAUCUAUUAAUUCCGCACUGAAGCGAGCAAGAGGAUUUCCGAUUCCGUUCCUGCUGGAGUUCAUAAGGCAGAAGUUAGGAAAAUGGUAUUGGAAAAGGAGACAAGAUGCUUUGAGUCUCCCAACUGUACAUAGCCGGGGUGUUGAAUACUUGCUUGCUGUUCGAUCAGAGAUAGCGGAUACGAUGACGGUCGAACCAAUUGAUGGAUGGCGUUUCUUUGUCAAAGGUGGCAAAAUGGACUGUGCGGUUGAUUUGGAACAUGUAAAGUGUGGUUGUGGUGUCUAUGGAGUGGAGAAAAUACCUUGCUCUCAUGCUAUAGCAGCUGGAACACAUGCUGGUGUGCAUAUCGACACACUUGUAUGUCCACUUUACUCAAAGAAUCAUCUGUAUGCAGGAUACUCAGAGAAUAUAUAUCCUAUCGUGUCACAACAUAUUGAGGAACGAGAAUGCUUUCCUCCAAACGUAAAGCGUGGUCCGGGGAGACAGAAGAAAUCAAGAUGGCAAUCUUGGUUGGAGCUAUCUAGGAUGAGGGGACACAAACCCAGGAAGAAACACAGGGCACGGAGAUGCUCAAACUGCAAGGAAACUGGCCAUACGAAACCACAAUGUACACAACCAGUUGACUAGUUGUCCAGACGACCUAAAUAUAAGUCGUCCAGUCUUGAUUACCCGUCCAGACGACUAAUUUCUAAGUCGUCCAGUGUUUCGUCUACCUUCUACGAAGUCGUCCAGUGUAUUAGACUACCUUCUACUAUCCCUUCAAGUGUAUUUUUUUUAGACGACCUUUUACGAAGUCGUCCAGUGUAUUUAAGUCGUCCAGUGUAUUUAAGUCGUCCAGUGUUUAGACUACCUUCUACUAUCCCUUCAAGUGUAUUUUUUUUUAGACGACCUUUUACGAAGUCGUCCAGUGUAUUUUAUUUUUAGACUA